CUGCGGACACGGUACAGGAGAAGACCAGAGACUGCGGACACGGUACAGGAGAUGACCAGAGACUGCGGACACGGUACAGGAGAUGACCAGAGACUGCGGACACAGUACAGGAGAUGACCAGAGACUGCGGACACGGUACAGGAGAUGACCAGAGACUGCGGACACAGUACAGGAGAUGACCAGAGACUGCGGACACGGUUCAGGAGAUGACCAGAGACUGCGGACACAGUACAGGAGAUGACCAGAGACUGCGGACAUAGUACAGGAGAUGACCAGAGACUGUAGAC